AUGCAUUACUAUUGCGUGGCUUGCAAAUUUGAACACACCAAGCAACAGAAAGUCUCUUCCAAGUCAGUGCUAACAUUGAUCCAUAUUGUGAUCCAUAUCCAGGCAACGACGUGUCAAUUUGCCUAUUUGAGUCAUGUUUCUGUUGUACCAACUUUUUCAUCCCACAAGCCGUCCAAGAGAUCUGUACCAACCUUAUCAUCCAGCAAGGUUAUUGAUGUAGGAUCUAAUCGACCUACCCCCAUUACUUACUCAAAAAGCAUCCAUAACAAGAAAUCAAUUACUCCAACUGUGAAGGCUAUCAGCAGCAUGCAAAAGAAGGAAGCAGGGCGGCCUAUUAAAGAUUUAGAAACCUCCAAGCACAGUCUCAAUUCCUCUUCUUCAUCCGUUGGCCCUAAAACCUUCAGUAAAAACUAG